AAGGUACAUGCUCAGCGCAAGUUUGCUCAAGGUUCGAACCCGAACAGUCCCAUGCCAACGCCAGUCAAGCUUUUGCCACCAUGUCGCGACUCAAAAGAAACAGUGAGCCAGCCUUCUACACUACUGCCCUGCAAGCGAAGACCAAAAACAGAAGACUUCCUUACGUUUCUUUGCCUGAGAGGCUCAAGUGCUCUUCCUCCUGCCCUCGACUUCAUGAGUGGGACAGCUUUUUCUGGUUCAUCGUCCUCAUCAGAUCGAAGCAGCAGUCCUGACCUUGAUGCUCCAGUGACUUCAACCAAUGCUGAGAGUAAAGACAAGGGAGGCAGUGGAAAUGCACAUGGAGGCACUGCUUCUGCGGAGUUGCGCAGUCAAGCACAGCGCACUUCUGCACGUGUGUUGAAACAGGAGCGACGACCCCUGAGGCUCGACAAUGGGGAAGAAAAGCAAAGAAUCGAGCAUAGAGCCAGCCGGUCUGCGAUAGUAAAGAAAGUAGACAAAAAGAAGGCUGCAUCUGAAAAAUUGAAGAAUGUGUAUAAAACUGGCAGCACAUCAAGAAGUCAUAGAAAAUCAAGUGGAAACUUGACAGCACUUCAAGAAAAGUACAAACAGCAGAGGAUCAAGCACCAGUCUGCAUCAUGUAGAAAGCCUUCGGCUUUGGGUCUUGGAGGUGGUCAUGCUCUCAGAUCACAAGCCAGCCAUGAAGCCUCUCACUUGACUUCAAAGGGGGCAGUAAAAAAUUCAUGCGUGAAGCUGAGGGAACAGCCAACCAGUGCGCCAUCAAGUCGACACCCUAUACUAUCUAAAGAUGAAGAUAUGGCUGCCAAGAGCCGAUUAGUGCUAAAAAAGCAGCUGAGUGUUCAGCUGACACGUCUUCACCCACGUGUUGCAGCUGGCUUACGAUAUCCCUUUGUGACAAAUAUGACAGCUGGUGUCAUGACACGUAGACACUCAGUUGGGAUUACACCACAUUUACGCAAAGCCAAAAUGGUUCCACCAAUUGUGGACUAUGAAUCUGAAAGUGAAAAAGACAUGUCCCCAUUGUUUCCUCCAAGGUCCUCUGUUAUCGCUGUUCAGCCAAGGCCACGAGCUGCAGGAAGUAAGACUCUCAAUGCACCACAGAAGCCAAAGGCCAAAGUUGAUACUUCAGCACCAAUAACUAAGAAAAAGCCAACUACCUCACUUAUUGCGAGGAGGCUGCUUAGUCGUGCCACAACAAGUAUGAGGCCAUCAUUGAAAGUUCGCAAGGCUACCAGGUGUGCAAUGUUCAGACGGAAAACACGGAGCCUUGGUCCUGUGAAGGAGUAUCCUCUUGUUCUGGCUCUACCAACAAAACGUGGAGCAGGUCGUUCAGGCACUACUGCAAUGAAGAAGAAAAUGGAUGAGCUUGGCAAACGCUUCUAAAUCAAAGCUUCUUUGACCAAGGGCUGUGAGUUGUUGCCAGCCUCGUCACGAGCGAGUGCAACAGCAGUGCACCGGGAGACCAAAAAGGGCAUGUUACUCAGGCCCAGUGAUAGUGUAGCAAAACGAUCAUCACGUAGGCCAUCGAGCGAGAGUGUGAAGGAUACACGACGUUUGAGACAGAGGAAUGACAUUUCUUCUGCGCAAUAUCCACGUCAAAAUCGUAAAGCCGUUGGAAUUUCUGAAGAAGCACAGAAAGCUACUGUUGCAAAGAGACGUAGAACAGAAGGCAGCACUAGUAUCGCUUUAUCUAAUCGUGUGUUUUCCGACAGUGAUGAUGAACCUCUUAUUAAAAUGGCUCGACGCCAUACAGAAAAGAAAGCUGGGUUACGAGAUAAAGUAAAAGAAAAUGAUUCUGAUCCACUACAGAUCAAAUCUGAUUCUGCUAAAAAAUGCGGUGUUUCAUCCUUGCCACCGUCUGGUAUGCUUUCACGCAGAAAACCAGCACCAGCUAAAAACAAAAGUAAACCCUCUGAAGCUGACAAGUCGAAAUUGCUCAAGACUAGCCUGUCAUCUGAGCGUUUUUCGGAGCCAUCGCCAUCAUCACUUUCUGAAACUAUUGCAGACGCUGCUGGAGACCCUCUUGAUACUCAAGCACACUUUGAUGAUCUUGAAUCAAUGUCAGGAGGUGUGGAAGCCUUAGAUGCCCUUGCUGGUGAAAUCUCCCAAGUUAUGUCGUGUCGCUUGAGUUUUGGCAGUGCACAGGAAAUUCAGAGUUUAAUGACAAGUGAGUUCUCCGGUGCUUUCGAUGAAAAUGUUACUGGUGCCAUGCUUCUAAGCACCCAAGAUGGUCGGUCAGCAUCUUUCGAAGGAGGCUUGAACCUUCUAAAACGAGAUGAUACACCAUCUAAAAUUGAUGCGUCGACAAACACAAGUGAAGAAGGAAUGGCUUUAUGUGCACCCUCAACCCCUGAGGAACUCGUCGUGAUGCCAGAGGAAGUUUCUGUUAGUACACAGACUGGCAUCUUUGACGCGGAUGUGCUGAACAAAGAAGGGUUUCUAACGGUCGCACCAACUGCAAGGAGGCUUUCUUUUAUUGCUUCAGAGACCAAUGGUGCGGCAGCUCUUGAGUUCAGCUCUGAAAUGCAGAAGUUAUUGCCUGCAUCACCGAAAUCGAAACCUACAUCAUCACCAUCACAACAUCUUGCACUGGUUCAAGAUUGCUCAACAAAGCUCGAUACAAGGGCAGACCGCACAAGUGUGGACCCAACUUCGGAAAUUGGUUCGAGGGCCAGUUCUAUGCAAUUACAUACUUCCUUAUCUACCCAUACAUCCAGUUCCAAGUUUGGAGUAGCAAAAGCUGUUACAGAAACAAAAGGGCGUCAUGUAUCAGGUGCUGCCAAAGUUGCGGUUGUUGUUACACCAAUGCAAAGGCAUGGCUCACUCAAUCCAACACUUGGAUCAAGGGCAAGUGUUGCUAGGACAAGCAUUACGAAAGCAAGUGCUGCAAAGGCAAGUGUUAUGAAGGCAAGUGCUGCAAGGACAAGUUCCGAAAAUGCCAGUGUUGUAAAGGCUAGUGCUGGAAGACCAAGGGUAGCAAAGUCGAGUGUUGCAGCAGUAAGAACUGUAAGAGCCAGUGUUCCUAGGACCAGUGUUGCCAAGACUAGUGUCAUGAGUGCAGAUGCUAUGAGUGAUGCCAGGGCUAGUGAUACCAAGGCAAGUAAUUUGAGUACAAGCAGUGUGAAAGGAAGUGGUACAAGUGUUGAUCCAAGAGUGAGCAAUGCAAGGGCUUCAAAGUCUUGUUCACCCAAAAUGGCUUUCACAUUUACCAAGGCCGGGACUUCAAAGAGAGGCAAAGUUGGCUCAGAGGAUACCAGGAGAGUCAAACUGACACCUUUGGACAGCAAAAAGUUUCCAAGUGUGAGUGACCCAGCGUGCCUUGUCGCUGCACCUACAUACAGGCCCACAACAGAGGAAAUGCGGGAUCCUAUUAGCUAUAUUACUAAGAUAAGACCAGAAGCAGAAAAGUUUGGCAUCUGCAAAAUUGUCUUGCCACCAUCUUUUCAGCCUGAAUGCAAGGUGUUUGAUGAUAUGCGAUUUACAGCAUACAAUCAAUACAUUCACAAAAUGCUUUCAAGGUGGGGGCCAAAUGUGCAACAUAUGGCAUGCAUCAAGCGUUGUUUCACUAACCAGGGCAUCACUGAUGACCAGCCACCUUUGAUUGGAGGAAUAGAGCUUGACUUGUCUCAUCUGUACCACACAGUGCAGAACUUUGGUGGCAUACAGCAGGUGAUGGAAAAAAAGAAAUGGCACAGGGUAGCUGAUGCCAUGCACAUACCCAAAGCUGCACAAGAUAGAGUGUCAAAAGUGGAUGAUGCCUAUUGCAAGUUUGUCCUUCCUUAUGACCUCUUGUCGGCCGAUGAGAAGAAGGCCAUUGAGCGUCAAGUUCUGGCUGACAGGGAACGUCAAAUGGCUGCUGAAAGUGAACCCUCGUCCACAUCAGCUGAUGAAGACGAGGAGGACGAAUUCAGUAAUGAGUGUGUUGCAAAGGUAUCGAGAUACUUUGCCAGUUGUGCUUCGCACGGGCGCAUGAGACAACCGCCAGCAUGGACGGACCAAAGCAACACACGCAAGGGACGCAACAUUUCAUUAAGUGUGUUCUCUAGAGUGGCUCGCAACACAAUGUCCAUGUGGUACAAGCAUGAACCUUCAACCGAAGAAGUUGAGAAAGAUUACUGGAAUCUGGUAAUAGACCAGCGGCGGCAUGUCUGCGUCCAUGCAGGAAAUAUCGACAGCAGUGUUCAUGGCAGUGGCUUCCCAACUAAUCGUCUUGUCCCGUUUGCCAAGCAUCCAUGGAACCUCAAGGUGCUUACCAACAACCCUGGAACUGUUCUACGCUGUAUGGGACCUGUAUCAGGGGUUACGAUUCCAACGUUGCACCUUAGCAUGCUGUAUACAACUGGCUGCUGGUACAGAGACCCUCACUGCUUACCGUGGAUUGAGUACCUUCACACUGGUGCAAACAAGAUCUGGUACAGUGUUCCAGCACACAGCUCAAACCGGUUUCGUGCAGCCAUGAAGGAGAUAAUGCCUCAGGUCUGCAAGGACAGUGUUAUCUGGCUUCCUUCAGACUGUGCUAUGGUGCCUCCUCCUCAACUUGUGGAGCAUGGCUGCCCCUUGAGCCGUUUGGUCCAGGAGAAAGGGCAGUUUGUGGUCAUUUUUCCAGGCGCCUUCACUUCCACAAUUGCAUGUGGCUACUCUGUAUCUGAAUCUGUCUACUUUGCCACCCAAGAUUGGUUACUCCAGGCAGCAGAAUGCUUUGAGCACAUGAAAGCAAGUUGUGAGCCGCCCACAUUCUCUUUUGAAAAGUUGAUAUUGGGAAUCGCAACUGAACAUCGAGAAAACCUGGAUACCUGUCGCUGGACCCUUCCUCUCCUUCGGAAAAUGUGUGAAAAUGAGCAAAGGUAUCGUACCCAGCUUGUGGAAAUGGGCCUGAAGACAUUUGAGCGCCUUCGCUUAGAUGAAGCAGCAGAACCAAAAAAAGCGAAGCGGCCAAGGUUACGACCUGAAGACAGCAAUCACGAGUGUGACUUCUGCCGCAUCAGUUGUCAUGUCUCCAUGGUUGUGAACAUGCAAGACGACAUCCUGUACUGCCUGGAGCACGCUGUGCAUUGCCUGCAGAGGAAAAACAUGAAGUCUUGGAAGCUUCUUUAUACCUAUGACAUGGAUGAACUCAGGUCCAUCCUGCGGAAACUUGAGCAACACCUAGAGUCCCAGGAGAGUUCUCAAACAAAGGUGGACUCUGAUUCGUCUCCUCUCAAAAAGAAAAUAGCCAAGAAGAAGUGAACAUGGAAGAAAUUGCUGGUCAACACUGUGGGGUUCAUGAUGUAUAUUCUAUUUGGUGCAGGACUUUAAAAAUCAAAUGUGUUGACAUUGGAAUAUUACUAGUUAUAGGGACACUGUUUAUGCUUUUUGUUAGGAGCAAGGGCAGCUUCAGAAUAUUUCUGUGAGAGGGUUAGAGGUUAAAGGUUUUCUUUUUCAUUGGUGGUGCAGCCGGGCUUAGGCUGCUUUCCCCCUUGCACCCUUUAGGUCCCCCUGAUUUAGGGCUGAUUGCUGUUUGGUGUGGAAAAGUGUCCAUUUUGCUUGGCAUGCAGAGGAGCUUGUAGAGUUCACUUGCUUAUUUGUAUGCUUCACUGGUUGUCCAAGUCCUAUGCCAACUAAUAAUGAAGUGAAGCCUCUCAAGUGAAACUGGGGAGUAGGUAUAGUACAGGACUGUGAUAUAGCUGCGUUGAUAGGUUACCUCUCAAGGUGAUGGGGUAUGUUUGUGCAACUGUACAAGUUCUACUUUAUGCAUAUUCCGUGCCUCCUAUUUUUAAUGAAGUUUCAAUGUACUGCAGCUGUGUCAUAGCAUCAUAUUUCAUUUACAUUUUAUCAAUUUUGCAUGUGUUUACUUACUCUGUGGUUCUUGCCCCGCUGUGGUGGUCUAGUGGCUAA